AUGCAGCAAUUAUGGCGACAGAAAUUAGACUGGGAUGAUACGCUUCCCUCCACUCUGUUGUCUCGGUGGGAAGAUAUUUAUUCUCGGUUCGGGCAUUUAAAAAAUUUACAGAUCUCGCGAUGGUGCGGACUCGGAUCGGACGUUGAGUCCGCUGAAAUACACGGCUUCGCCGACGCGUCGAACACUGCUUACGCUGCUGCCGUGUAUCUUAAAGUUGUUUCGUCGGGACAAACUACCAUUUCCUUGCUAGUAGGUAAAUCAAAGGUCGCGCCGUUAAAACCGCUAAGCGUGCCACGAUUAGAAUUAUCAGCUGCACUAUUACUAUCCCGACUUGUCAAUUUCGUGCGCGAAUCACCCGGUUACAGCAAUCUUCCGUACUUUUGUUGGACGGACUCCACGAUCGUCCUCGCGUGGGUGACUCAGCAUCCGUCGCGAUGGAAGACAUUUGUUGCCAAUCGCGUCAAUGAAAUUCAAUCUCGUCUUCCAAACGGGAAGUGGCAACACGUCUCGACAGAAGACAAUCCCGCGGAUUGUGCUUCGCGCGGCCUACUCGGCAACGAAAUCGUCAGUCACAACUUGUGGCACGGACCAUCUUGGCUGCGCCUUGAUGCUCCCGCAUGGCCUUGCUCCGACGCACGACUACCUCCGCAAGCUCCAUUGGAGGAAAAGGUCAUAGCCUUGCAAUGCUCUCCCCCGAACGACACUUGGGAUCUCCCGACGCGAUAUUCCUCAUGGCCUAAAUUAAUUCGCGUCACCGCCUAUAUUUUGAAGUUCGUACGCUUAUGCCGCCGCUCCUGUUCUAACGACAAUUCAUUGUCAUCCUCCUCACAACCACUUAUUAUUUCCGCAUCGGAAUGCAACGAUGCACGAAUAUUUUGGUUAAAAAAGAUUCAAUCGAGCACAUUUCCGGCUGAAAUACAUUCUCUGGCCAACCAUCAUCCCCUCUCGUCUAAAUGCUCGAUUCUCGCUCUACGGCCGUUCCUUGAUAAGAACGGAAUUCUACGCGUGGGUGGGCGGUUGGCUAAGGCCCCCCUGUCAUUUUCUGUUCGGCAUCCGAUUCUUCUGGCGACCCAUCCAUUGGUGUCGCUGAUUGUAACUCAGGCUCAUCUACGGGCAUUACAUGCCGGACCUCAGCUCACGAUAAGUUUGUUACGUCGCGAUUUCUGGAUUCUCCGCGCUCGUAACAUCGUAAGAUCCAUAAUUCAUAACUGUGUCGUAUGUACGCGCGAACGCGCCGCGAUUCCUACCCAACUAAUGGGCGACCUUCCCGAGGCUCGUGUGUCGGCGUCUGCUCGCAGUUUCUUGCAUUGCGGGGUAGAUUAUGCUGGUCCCGUGCAGAUUCGCGCUUCUGCGGGUCGAGGCAUUACAUCGCGUAAAGUCUAUAUCGCCCUUUUCAUUUGUCUAGCGACCAGAGCGAUACAUUUAGAGUUAGUCGGAGAUUACUCCACCUCGGCUUUUUCAAACGCCUUUUCCCGUUUUUGCGCACGUCGCGGCCUUCCCCAAGCCAUGUAUUCUGAUAACGGAACAACGUUUGUCGGAGCUGAUCGCGAGAUGACCAAAGCGUACAGAGUGGCUGUGCGCAAUCUUAAUUUUUUAAAUUUAACCGCAUCCGAUAAUAUAACGUGGAAUUUCAUUCCACCAUCUGCUCCGCACUUCGGCGGCUUGUGGGAGGCCGGCGUACGAAGCGUUAAAAACCAUUUGCGUCGCGUGUUAGGCACUCAUAGGCUCACCUUCGAGGAAUUCACCACUUUGUUAUGCAGGAUCGAAGCCUGCUUAAAUUCACGUCCGAUCGCGCCUCUUUCGAACACGCUAAACGAUUACAAAUGUUUAACUCCGGGUCAUUUUUUGGUCGGAUCCGCUCUGAUUGUAAAUCCGGAACCAUCGCUUCUUCAACUCAACGAGAACCGCCUUUCGCGAUGGCAACUCGUGCGACACAUCACCGAGCGAUUCUGGAAAUUAUGGUAUAAUGAUUACGUUACCACAUUACAACAACGAACAAAAUGGCGACAAGUCCAGCCACAAAUUCAGGUCGGUCAACUCGUUCUCUUACGAAACUCCAUGUUACCUCCAUGUAAGUGGGAGCUUGGCCGAGUGACACAGUGUCACGCUGGUUCCGACGGAUUAGUUCGUGUGGUUACUGUCAAAACAGCCACGUCCGAGUAUCAACGACCUAUCGUUAAACUGUGCGUUCUCCCGAUCGAUAGCGAGGCGUCGAGCAACUAA